AUGGCUCUAAAUAUAGCCUUCAUAAACAAAUUUGGAGAGAGUAUUUUAAGUUUUUUUAACCCCAAGUUGAGGUAUGGCAGAAGAGUUACUAAGAACUGGUUCUUGAUGAACCCGACCCAUUUCUUUAUAGCUUUCCUCUUUUAUGUUCUGUUCGUUCUGGCCUCCUAUGCCUAUAAAACCUACUACGCGUCUAAAAUGAAGUCAGAUAAGGGGUUGGUAAAAAUAAAGUCGUCCUCAAGCUACAAGUCGAAGAAUCCUCGCCUUGAUGCUAUUUUAGGAAAAGCCAUCCCCGUGUACAACUUGUUGCAGGUCCUUCUAAGCCUAGUGAUCACCGUGCUAACUAUAUAUCAGGUGCGACAGAGAAAAUUUUCCCUCCUCCACAACUAUGUCGAUUUUUCCAAGACCAACAUUGCACUUUGCUGCUGGCUCUUUUAUCUGAACAAACUGUUUGAUUUUAUGGACACCAUUUUGAUUGUACUAAGAAAGAAAUGGAACCAGUUCACCUUCCUCCACGUGUACCAUCACAUUUCCGUCUUCCUCAUCAUGUGGAUUAACAGUAGCGUGGGAUAUGAUGGAGACAUCUACUACGUCAUCACAGUCAAUUCGAUUGUGCACUUUAUCAUGUACCUGUACUACUUCCUAGCGAGCAUGAAAUUCAGCGUCCCAGUAUUCGUCAAGGCCAGUGUGACGUAUAUCCAAAUGAUACAGUUUCUCGCUAUCAUCUGUCCAGCAUUCUGCGUUUUGUUUCUGAAAUACAACUCCUACUACCCCAGAAGACUGAUCGGCCUAAGUUUUUACUACUGUAUCUCUUUGCUAAUUUUGUUUGUCCAUUUUGCCUACAAUACUUACAUACGACCCAAAAAAAAGGUCGCUUAA